AUGGCUCAGACUGCCAAAGCUAAUAUGGGACCAAUAAUUGACAAUGAUCCAGUCAUUAGCCUUCGUGAGGACAUUGCAGUAGGCAGCCCGGCAUUUACUAUAAUCGCGACAGACCCUGAGGGGGAUCCAUUGACAUUUGGUAUUAGUGGACCAGGAGCCGUAUAUUUCAACGUCGACGCAACUACAGGAGUUGUAACUGUCAAGUUGUCACUGGACAGAGAGGACCCUGCCUUUGAUGGGAUAUUGCCAAUCACAUUAACAGCUAAAGAUGCGAAUACACUAACACCAAGCUCUUGCACCAUAGUGCUGGAGGAUGCAAACGACAAUGCUCCACGCUUCGUAAAUAUACCAUACAAUGCAGAAAUUCCAGAGAAUGCAGCCUUGGCCACGUCAGUCAUUACUGUGUCAGCAACGGAUCCAGAUUCUGGAGUUGCUGGGGCUGUGACCUACUCAAUUUCAGGGGCCUCACCAUCUGAUGGAACAGCCCUCUUUGAAAUAGGGUCCAGAACUGGCCUCAUCAAGUUGAAAGGAGAGCUGAGCUUCACAGACAAAAGCUCAUUCUACCAGCUAACCAUCCUUGCCCAGGAUGGCGGUGGUCCCCUCGGUGACGUUCCAAAUGUUAUUCAGCAGACUUCAACCUUCGUCUUGAUCACUGUGAAGGACGUACCAAACCUGGACCCACAGUUUAUCAAUCUCCCCAACGUUGUUACGGUGGAGGAAGGCACGCCGGUGGGCACAACUGUGUUUACAGUGAGAGCAAGAGACCCAGACACUGGCAUCUUAUCACCCAUUGAGUACAGCAUUAAAAGUCCAGCGGUGAGUGACCUGUUCGCAAUAAAUAGUGCCAGUGGAAACAUAACCGUCAAAAGCGAGCUGGAUCGGGAGCAGCAUUUGUUGACUGAUGGAGUCAUUACUCUGGAAAUUGAGGCAAAGGAAACCAAACAGGAUGUGUCUGGUGGACAUGCAGUUACAACCAGCAAACUUGAAAUCACUAUUGGCGAUGUAAAUGACGAAAAACCAGAGUUUUAUAACUGUGCCAACCCAGACUCAUGUGAGCUUGCGAACUCGUUCAGUGGGAAUAUUGAUGAGCAUUCAGCUACUGGGCUUCCUGUCUUGGAACUGAAGAUCAGAGUAAUUGACAAGGACAGGGGAAUAAACAGCAGGUUUGACUUGAGCCUAGACGGGCCGGAUAAGGAUGCCUUCUCAGUUGUCCCAACCAGUGCUCAGUCGGAAGUUGACGUCCAGAUUGUCGUGAAGAAUCCUGCCAUAGUCGACUUUGAAGAGAAACAAUCUAUGUCAGUGACGAUCAUAGCUGUGGACAGUGAAGACACGGCAUUCCAAUCUACAGCCAUCGUCACCAUUGCAAUCAAUGAUGUGAACGACAACAGUCCCACAUUUAAAAAUGAGACGUAUAAGCUCGAGGUCCCAGAACACAGUCCAGCUGGAACCAGCAUAGCAACUAUCACAGCCACGGAUCUGGACACAGAAGAUCAGGGGAACAUUGUUUACAAACUGCUUCCAGAGACCAUCCUGACGUACUUCGAUGUUGUUGAAACAACAGGGGAAAUUAAAGUUAAAAAUGGCGAUCUUCUGGACCGGGAGGGUCGUAACCUAUUCUCUGCCACGCUUCAAGCCAGGGAUAUGGCCAACAACAUUGGCUCCGCCAUCCUUGAAAUCACCUUGACGGACAUAAAUGACAACAAACCCAGAAUGGUCAGAGAAAAAUAUAUCGAAUUUGUCAACGAGGGUGAUAUGAAUUUCCAACUCCAAAUACAGGCUUUCGAUGAUGAUGAAGCAAAUACACCAAACAGCGAGAUUGUGUACGCUAUACUUCCAGGCGACUACAGUAACAACUUCACCAUUAACCCAGAGACUGGAGUCUUAAAACUGAACGAACCUUUAAAUAGAGAAGCCAUCGACCCGUCAUUAAAUGGAAUGAUAAAGCUGAAUGUGACUGCUUUCGACAAAGGAACACCGCCUCUUGGAUCUUCGGUCAUGGUUGAAAUCAAUGUUUUGUUUCAGGAUGUAAAUGACAACAAGCCUCACUUCCAAAAAAAGGAAUAUCACUUUGAAGUGAAGGAAGCUGAACAAGGAGCUUUCAUCAACAGUGUGCUGGCCAAGGACGAGGACCAGACAGAGAUGAACAACCGCAUCUCCUUCAGCAUCAAAGGAGGCGGGGACGGCUCCUUCUCGGUCCGCAGCAUUCAGGCUACGCCACGCGACCUGGGUUACUGGGGCAACAUCAGCGUGGACCAGGACACCAUGCUGGACUACGAGACCCGCAAGUCCUACGAGUUCGAGGUGGAAGCCAUGGACCUGGACCGCAAGAGUGACACGGCCAAGGUGUUUCUGAAAGUUCUGGACGUCAACGAUGAGACGCCGACCCUGCCCACAGACAUCAUCCUGAAGGUGAAAGAGAACACCACUCUUGAGGGAGACGGUGUGUUUGGGACGAUUGUCGGCAAGGAUGUCGACACCAAUCAUGAACUGGAGUACAAGCUUGUCAGCACCGAGUGUCCCUGUUUUAAGGAUGGCGUUUGUGAGGAAGACUGGUUCUUGGUGGAGCCCUUGGGGGAAGUAAAGCUGGAUCCAAAGUUUGUCGUUGACUUUGAAGCGUGCCAUGAGGUUAUCUUGCAUGUGGAAGUGACUGACAUUUUAACCGAGGUCGGGAAGAACAGCAGUGAAGGGCAAGUCACGGUCAAAAUUGAAGAUAUAAACGACAACAUCCCUGAGUUCAUUCCCGUACAGCCUCACUUUGUCAUCAUCGCUGAAGACAUUAAGCAAGGCAGCUCAGUGGCUGCUGUGUCGGCAUAUGACCGCGACUCAGGAGAAAACGCUCUCAUGACCUUGAAAGUGCUUGGAGUGACUUUCACUGACCUCUCUAAUCAGACCAAUGACGAGGGUGUCAUUUUCGAGGUUACAAGCCUGUCACAAACGAACAGAAACUGCUCUGCAACAAUCAGCUCUUUGAGGAGCCUGGGUUCCACGCAAGGGCAAUAUUUGGUCAAGGUUGAGGUGACAGAUAAAGGAGGUCUGAAGUCAACAUCUGAAGUCUUGAUUUAUACGGCUGCCAAUGACCUCCGAGUGACUCUACAGUUCAACAUAUCAACGGACAAAUUCAACGAGAACAAGGAUGUCAUCAUAUGGGCACUGGAGCAAGCCACAGGGGCGACUGUUCACAUCAUGUCAGUUAACGCAAAACAGAGGUCAGUUCAGACGAUAGUGAACGCCUACUUCGUCAAACCUGAUGGGUCAGCACUGUCUUACGAUGGAGUCAUGAACGCGGUGAUUGGCAAUGAAAACCCAGAAUAUCGGGAUGUACUCCUAGAACUGGGCCUAAACGCAGUGACGCCUCCUGACCCGGCGCCAGAAGUGGACCGCACUGAGACAUACAUCCUGCUCGCAACCGUGGGAACGCUGAUGAUUCUGCUCAUCGUCAUGACAACCGUGAUGGUGUUCAUGAGACGGAACUACCAGAGGAAGCUCAAGGCAUCCAAGGCUAUGAACUCCGCCACCAUGGAUAUAGAGGACAACCAGAAGUCUGGGCCUGUCGUCCCCGGCACCAACAAGUACACAAUGGAGGGUGCCAACCCAGUGCUCAACAUGAACAUCGAUACAGCCACAGACCUGGGCUUUGAUGAGGACGAUUCCUCUGCAGACAGAUCAAGCAUUAAUUCCCUGGACGACAACGUAGAUAUGACCAUGAGUGACAGAGACAAUAUGCCCAUGAUGGUAAUCGACGAGGAGGAGGAGGAGGAUGGGGACUUGCAGGACCCGAGUUACUAUGAGCCCAUCAUGGAGACGGUGCUGGCGGGGCGGGGCAAGAACAGGAAAGGAGGACGUAACAGCCCCCCGCUAGCCUUCGACAAUCCCUCCAUGAGCACAACUGACCUCUGACCUGGUCACCUGCACUAAUCUGAAAGGGCCCCCUACCCAAACAAUGUAAUGGGGACUCAAUUCUGGGCCCCCUAUUUCCCUGGGCCCGGGACAACAUACC